AUGACGGCAGAGAGCCGGCCGCCGCCGCCGCAGACGGAGGCGCUGGCGGCCGUGAAGGAGGAGCGCGGUGAGCCUGGGACCGGGGUCCCGGCGGAGGCGGCGGGUCGCGGCGCGGGCGGGCGUCGGCGGAAGCGCCCCCUGCAGCGCGGAAAGCCGCCCUACAGCUACAUAGCGCUCAUUGCCAUGGCCAUCGCGCACGCGCCGGAGCGUCGCCUCACGCUGGGCGGCAUCUACAAGUUCAUCACCGAGCGUUUCCCCUUCUACCGCGACAACCCCAAAAAGUGGCAGAACAGCAUCCGCCACAACCUGACGCUCAACGACUGCUUCCUCAAGAUCCCGCGCGAGGCCGGCCGUCCAGGCAAGGGCAACUACUGGGCGCUCGACCCCAACGCCGAGGACAUGUUCGAGAGCGGCAGCUUCCUGCGCCGCCGCAAGCGUUUCAAGCGCUCGGACCUCUCCACUUACCCAGCCUACAUGCACGACGCGGCCGCCGCCGCCGCCGCUGCCGCCGCCGCCGCUGCCGCCGCCAUAUUCCCGGGCGCGGUGCCCGCUGCCCGCGCGCCUUACCCGGGCGCCGUCUACGCAGGCUAUGCCCCGCCGUCGCUCGGCGCGCCGCCCCCAGUCUAUUACCCCGCUGCGUCGCCAGGUCCGUGCCGCGUCUUCGGCCUGGUGCCUGAGCGGCCGCUUAGUCCUGAACUGGGCCCCGCGCCGUCGGGGCCCGCGGGCUCCUGCGCCUUUGCCUCGGCCGGCGCUUCCGCCGCCUCCACCGGCUACCAGCCUGCGGGCUGCGCUGGGGCCCGACCUGCCAAUCCCUCCGCCUAUGCGGCCGCCUACGCGGGCCCGGAUGGCGCCUACCCGCAAGGGGCGGGCAGUGCCCUCUUCGCCGCGGCUGGCCGGUUGGCUGGGCCCGCCUCGCCCUCCGCGGGUGGCAGCGGUGGUGGCGUCGAAACCGCGGUGGACUUCUAUGGGCGCACAUCGCCCGGCCAGUUCGGAGCGCUGGCGCCCUGCUAUAAUCCUGGUGGGCAGCUCGGAGGGAGCAGUGGAGGCGCCUAUCAUGCUCGCCAUGCGACUGCCUAUCCCGGCGGUGUGGAUCGAUAUGUGUCCGCCAUGUGAGCCCAGCAUACAGUCGGAAAUUCGCAGAUACCUCGGCUGUCCACACGAACUAAGUAUCCCCAAGACCUGAGAACAGAACUGGAGAGAGGGUUGAGCGCCGCGUAGAAGGAACCGGUGCACUACACACACACACACACCCGGUUCGCGUUUGAAAUGGGAGGAGGUGGGGAGGGGCUGCGGUGGUCCACGGACUGGGACAAAGGACCCUCGAUAAGGCGAAGUUCCAAAGGACAUGUCUUUCUGACAUUCUACUGGGGAGAGUCUUUGGCGAUAAUCGGGGCGCAGCGCAAUGCCUACGCCAGACCCUAGGAUCCACAUUGUGGGGAAUCACGUCUUCACUCUUCCCUAUAUUGCAAGAAACUCGGGCCUUUUUACACGAUUCUGCCUCUUGUGCCUUUGAUUAAGUUACUGUAACUAAAAGGCUCCAGUAGCAUCUUCCUUAAGGUGCGGAGGAUGAAUUUGCCAGAGAAGUAGCCUCCCUCUUUAAAACAAACAAACAAACACACACACACACACACAACAGGGAAAUCUCUGCUCCGUUUGACUGGGGGCUGGUUUUCCCUGCUUCUAAGAACUACAGACCUGACUCUCAGUCUGGACUGUUCGUUCCUCAGCUCUAUAGUGUGACCUAAGUCUCACCGCCCAAACCCCCUGUUCCCCCAGCUGUUUGACAGGAGGGCUGCAGGAUUGGCGCCCCGUGUGAUCUUUAAGGGCCCCAUUGUCGUCAAGGAUGCCGCCUUGCAUAUUUGGCAGCAUAGGGGGGACCACCCAGGGCCUAGCCCUAUUCCCAAGUACAGGAAUAGAGGUCAUGGCAGCUGCCUAACCUAGAGUCUCUGGGUUGGUUCCAGGCAGCAAAUAUAUUAUAAUUUCUUGAAUCUUUUGAGCAUGAUGUGCUGAUGAUUUGGUAGUUGUUACUGCGAGGUCAUAAAUUCGGUUUUCUAAUGAGGCAGGUAAAAAUAAAUUUUUCCAUUGCCCACUCUUUCUUUUCAUUAAGCAACCCCGGACCAAAUUGGCAGACUAAAAUUCAGAGAGACCACAGGAGUCAGGGGAGCCCUUUGGUGACAGUUCUCCGUUGGUCAAGCCGGCUCUUCCAUCCCUGGCACGCUCUGCCGCAUGAAAAGGAAAGAGAAAAAAUAAUUGGGGCUGCCAGUGAAGUAAGCUUUAGAAAGAAACUGGAUCUUUCACUUUGUUUUGUAUCCGUUCGUUUUAAGCGUGAAGCUGACCAAAAUCAUAGAAAAUCCAACCACUUUCUCACCAUUCUCUUGGGAGAUCUUACAAGUUUUUAUUCUGGAGUGAACAUUUCCAAUGUUAAACACUCCGGAGGCUCGGUGUGCAGCUUUCAGAUAAACCUGAGGAUUUAGAUGAACUGUUUUAAUAAAAAUCUUUGACCGAGUUCUGGCAAGAGAUACUCAGCCCCUUUCUGUGUAGUUAACUUGCUAGGGAAGAGGUGGGGAUUGUGUGAGAAGACUGAAAACCACUCGUAAUUUUUAUUUUUAAUUUUGUCAAUUGCUCUAUCUUGUUCACAAAGACAUGUGAAUGUGA